CGAGCGAUGAGGAGAAGUGGCGAGCGGCCAACAGAGAGGACAGAGGAAAAGUUGUGGGACGGCUGGAAGGACAGAUCCGGCUCACCGGGGCUCUGCUGCAGAUGGGACGGGAACGCCGGCCUCCUGGUUGUCUGUCUCUCAGCUCGUCCCCUCCACCACCUGCUCACCGCCUCUCCUCCUGGCCUGUGCUGCACCGGGGCUGUGUCUGCAGAGAAAGUGCUGGCUGGCAGAUUCUCCUUGUGUGAACCCUGACUCUGCGCAGGGAGAGUUUUUGCCGCUCUGCUUCCGUCCCGUCCUGCCUGACUCAGCUGUACGAGCAGCCGGGGGGCCCUCACUGAGCACAGGAGCAGUUCCAGACCCUCCAACACAUCAGAGAGGCCGAGCUGUGCUGAGGAGGAUUUUGCCAGCUGCGUCAACCUGAUCUKGAUCCUGCAGCAUCAUUUGUUCUGGGGCAAGGCGAGCUGCCAUGGAGGGUCUUUGGUCCGGCGUGGAGCCUCUGAGGCCGGGCGCCCCACAYGCAGCUUUCAGCCUCAUUGUCACUUUGCUGUUUGAUGUGUGGUCUGUUCAGGGCCUGGAGAUGAUCGUGGGGAAGAUUCCCUUCCUGGAGGCGGUGAACGGCAGCACCGUCAUGUUGCCCUGCUCAUAUGAAAGCUGUAUCGGCAUAGACAACCUUUACUUCAACUGGCAAUUCAACGACAACGGCACCAUGAUAAAGGUGUGCGAAGCAGAGAUCGCCUCGGAGGAUGUGGAGCCACCGGUGAAGAUAUUUCGAGAUCGAGUGGAGUUUGUGGGGAAGAACCAUAAAAAAAACGUCUCCAUCCUGCUGUGGAACAUCACCUUCGAGGACGCAGGCCAGUACACCUGCUACGGGCGCAAUCCCAAAGAGAAAGGCAGGAACCACAGCGCCAUCUUCACCCUCUAUGUGGUGGAUGAGUUGAGGGUGGUUGACAAAACGCUGACCAUCAUCAUAGCCUCGACUGUGGGCGGAGCCAUUGCGUUUCUGAUAGGCUUCAUGCUGCUCAAGAACUUCACUCUCUUUGUUCUUGCUAAACUUGAGGAGAAAAAUAAGGAGUGCCUUGUAACGUCAUCAGGAAUCGACAACACAGAAAACGGCCUCUCAGGAUCCAAAGCCGCUUCCAAACCAACACCAAAAAAGAAAUGAGCGAGACCAUAUGCAAAACGAUUUGAACUCUUAGAUUUAUAUGAAAUUUGCAAAAUUUGUACAUUGUUCACAAUUCAUCCUCUUUAAGGUAAAAAGCUCCAGCUGCAAUAUUCAACUUGAAAAACACAGUAUUGCACACAACUAAAUGUGCUCCGAGCUGUAACAGCAAAUGACACACAGAUGAACAUAAAUGAAUCAUGAGAGCAAACAUAACUGUUCACGAUGGUCACAUCAUCUAAACACACUUACAUUAUGUACAUUUUAAAUAUGAAUGCAUUUAUAAAACAUGGAACUAAAAUUUAUUUUAAACGUGUACCAAAAUGCCAUCACUUAGAUUGUUGGAAGGGUAGUUUUAUGGAAACUUUAUGAAUAAGUUGUGAGAGAAAUAUUGCAGUAACUCUGAACACAGUGAUAUUAGCAGUUAGUUCAGACAGGGUCCGACUCAGACGUUAUCAUGUGAGUUUAGUUCUACGGUGAUCGAGAGGAGCAAACAUGCAACAAAUGGCCAAAACUCACAAACACAGAAAACAAAAGCAAGUGAGAAAAUAAAACAGAAGUGCACCAGGCCACUUGGGAGACUCGACCAUCAAGUCAUAUGGAACCAGUCCCCCUGUAUAGAUAUUAAGCU